AUGGCAUCCAGAGACGACGAUGCUUUCAUCGCUCUCACCUCCAGUCCUGUUAGCAUAGUUUCAGUGGACUGUCAGAGGCCUGAUCCCGUGCUGCGCUACUUAUCUUCCUGGCCCACGGAGUCGGAUCAGCAUGAGUCGGUCCGUCCGUCGGUCUUUCCUUCAGCAAAUGCGUCCAGGUCAGAAACCCACCGUCAGCCUGUCAAAGGGGCUUCAAGGCUGCGCAAAUCCUCAGUCCAAAUUGCAAGCCUUCAGCGUGUAAACACCAGCACCGGUUGGCACAGCAACAAACCAAGGCCAACCUACAGUUUCAGGGAUGACAAUAGGCCUGGCAGACAGCCUAAGCCAGAUGGAGAUAAGGAAAGAUGUUGGAGUGGAGAUGAAUCAGAACUUGCAAUAAGCCGAUAUGGCAAAAGAGCAGAGGGAGCUGGAGGGAUGCCAGAAAAUUUGGAGGCAAGCCUAUUUCGCAGAACAAACGGGAUGAGCAGGUCACAAGAGAUAAGAGGUGAGAAAGACCAUCCUGGCAGAGAGGCAUGCUCGAAUAACACAGAGGAUAAAUCCAGCCAAGAAAGUUAUGAAUUGCAACUGGUGCCGAUGACAUUUAAGAAAGUAUUACAGUCAUCCAGCCACCUCGGGUGGUCUCAGAUGAUGCAGAUGAAAGAGGAGGCAAGAUCAUCAGGACACUUUGGUAAGAGCGCUAAAGACAAACAGAUAGGACGUGAAAACUCACCUACUCAGAAGGUCAGAAGAAAAAUCGCCAGAACUCCCAUUUCCCAGGGGGACAAGAGAAUUAUCUUUGAACCAAAAGAAAAUGGCACCAAAAUUGUUAUGAUGGCAAGUGUAUUUAGUAUUUUCCAACUUAAUGGACAUUUGUGUCAUUGA